CUUCUUACUAUUCCUACGAUAUUUAGGAAAUCAGAUUACCUUUUCUUUGACUGUUUGACUUCAAUCUUUUUGAAUGUUUCCUAAAUAAAUAUCUUAAAAGUUUUCCGCACUUUCUGAAUAUACAAAUAAAGCAGAAGUUCUGUCUGAUACGUAUAAGUAGGAAAUUUGUGUGCCUAUGAUUGUUUGUCUGUCUCCAUAAUGCCAAAACUUGGGAGUUCCAGGGCCAGGUUUCUGCUUUCGCUAUUGUUGAUCUUCUUCUCCUUAUUUAUACAAAAUGUCGCUACUGCUACAAGCAAGAAUAAUUCCAAUCUUAAUUUUAAAGAAGCCCCAAAAUUCUACAAUUCCCCUUCUUGUUCUGCCAUUAAUUCUUUAAAAAAUGCAGUACAUGUAGCUAUGACCCUUGAUAUAGCUUACCUCAGAGGAUCUAUGGCUGCGAUUCUUUCGGUUCUUCAACACUCUUCUUGCCCAGAAAAUAUCAUUUUCCACUUCGUGUCCUCUUCUUCUGCUGAAACCACACACUUGAACUUUACAAUUGCUAAAUCUUUCCCUUAUCUUCACUUCACAAUUUAUCCAAUCCAAGAUAUUGCAGCCGUUGCAGGACUAAUUUCCACUUCAAUCCGUUCUGCUUUAGACUGUCCUUUAAAUUACGCUCGCAAUUAUCUUGCUGAUCUACUUCCUCAAUACCUUCACAAAGUCGUUUAUCUUGAUUCUGAUCUUGUUCUAGUUGACGACAUUGCUAAAUUAGCAGCAACACCUCUAAUAGAGGACUCUGUUUUAGCAGCACCUGAAUAUUGCAAUGCCAAUUUCACUACUUACUUCACGCCCACGUUUUGGUCUAACCCUUCACUUUCCUUAACUUUCGCUAACCAAAACCGAAAACCUUGUUAUUUUAAUACAGGGGUUAUGGUUAUUGAUCUUGAUAGAUGGAGAGCAGGGGAUUAUACUACAAAGAUUGUGGAGUGGAUGGAGUUGCAAAAGAGAAUGAGGAUUUAUGAAUUGGGUUCUUUACCGCCUUUUCUGCUUGUUUUUGCUGGAAAUAUAGCACCUGUAGAUCAUAGGUGGAACCAACAUGGUCUAGGCGGAGAUAAUUUUCGUGGACUCUGCCGAGAUUUGCACCCUGGUCCGGUUAGCCUGUUGCAUUGGAGUGGAAAGGGGAAGCCUUGGGUUCGACUCGAUUCGAACCGCCCUUGUCCCCUGGAUGCCCUCUGGGCACCUUAUGAUCUGCUGCAAACACCUUAUACUCUUGAAUCUUAAGGUGUCUUAGAAAUUGCAGUAAAUUAAAAGAGAUUGAGAGUAGAGAUCUUUGUCCUGAGAUCCUCCUCGAUUACAUUAUGUACAGUAUUUGUCUCUCUUCACAGAGACCUCGAAAGGGCUAAGGUGAGGGGCAGUCCGAUGCACUAAGUUUUCGCUAUGUGCGGGGUCCGGGGAAGGCUCGGACCACGAGGGCUAAGGUGAGGGUUGUUAUUAUAUUCUAGUAGAUUACAAUAUACAGUUGUUAAGAAUUCUACACUGGCACUUAGCUAGAGGACUAUUUUUGAAUGUAAGAGAUGAAAACAUAUACUGCUACUAUUUGCAGUUAAGUUUACAAUAGAAUGAAAAAAGAGGCAGGUUUCUCACACCUUUCAUUGGAACUGAAUCAAGGAGCAUUAAGACAACUAAACGAUAAAAAGACCAAGAUAAUUCAAAUUGUGCUUGCAGUAGCAAUUUCAAAUUUUAAUACUGAUAAUGUGUGAUUCUUGAAGUUUUGUUCUAAAACUUAUAUAAUGCUUAGCUUAAAGUGGCAUCUGAUUUGAGCUCUGCUUAAAAACUUAGCUUGAGUUCUCAUACAUUUCCAUGCAGCUCCGGUUAUGCUUAAUUUUUAUAUCUUGCUUUUUGUUUUUAGUGGAGAUUUGGGUUAAUUACCACAGGGAUAUAACGUACUACUAUUAGCAAAUGUUUCUAGAUUUGAGCCUUCUCAUCCUUUUAGUUAUUUCUAAACAAUAUAAGAUAAAGCGGAAAACAAACAGGCUACCAUUUGUA